CUCCCUGCAGCCGGACGCUCCGGUGGGCCACCCGGGAGUUGAGUGCUGGCCUGCUGGCCACCUGUCCCCAGGCCCGGUCCAGCCUCCAGAAGGUAGCCUGGUCCCACCCCCGCUGGGGCCGCCCGUGGGGGCCAUGUGGCCACACAAAUGACCAGCCAGGCUUUCCUGGAGGCUGGGCCUCCCAGGACUGGCCCAGGAGCUUCCUGCCUGAGAGGCACUGGGGCUGCUUCCAGCAUCUGGGCGCACCUUUGCCCUCGCUCCUCCCCCGUCUGCGCCCUCCCUCGCCUCUGCAGAUGACUAAUGCCUCAGGGCUCCCGGGAGCCCCCCUGGCGUGGGCAACCGGGCUGCAGGUGGACCGUGUGGGGAACAGCUCCCAGGGCCCCUCGCAGCUCUUCCUCACCGCGGCGCUGGCCCGCGGCAUCUCGGGCGUCUUCGCGUGGACCGCGCUGCUGCUCGCUGGCCACCAGAUCUACCUGCACCUGCGCUCCUACACCGUCCCCAACGAGCAGCGCUACAUCAUCCGCCUGCUUUUCAUCGUCCCCAUCUACGCCUUCGACUCCUGGCUCAGCCUCCUCCUCCUGGGGGGCCACCAGCACUACGUCUACUUUGACUCCGUGCGGGAUUGCUACGAAGCCUUUGUCAUUUACAGCUUCCUGAGCCUCUGUUUCCAGUACCUGGGGGGCGAGAGUGCCAUCAUGGCUGAGAUUCGGGGAAAACCCAUCCGGCCCAGCUGCUUCUAUGGCACCUGCUGCCUUCGGGGCAUGUCCUACUCCAUCGGGUUUCUGCGCUUCUGCAAGCAGGCCACGUUGCAGUUCUGCAUUGUGAAGCCCAUCAUGGCCUUGGUCACCAUCGUCCUGCAGGCGUUCGGCAAAUACCACGAUGGGGACUUCAACAUCCACAGCGGUUACCUCUACGUCACCCUCAUCUACAACGCCUCCGUGAGCCUGGCCCUCUACGCCCUGUUCCUUUUCUACUUCGCCACCAGGGAGCUCCUGCGGCCCUUUGAUCCUGUCCUCAAGUUCCUCACCAUCAAGGCCGUCAUCUUCCUCUCUUUCUGGCAGGGGGUGCUGCUGGCCAUCCUGGAGAGGUGUGGGGUCAUCCCUGAGGCCCAGGUCAUCGAUGGGAGCAGGGUGGGGGCCGGCACGGUGGCCGCCGGCUACCAGAACUUCAUCAUCUGCAUCGAGAUGCUCUUUGCCUCCGUCGCCCUGCGCUACGCCUUCACCUGCCAGGUGUACUCGGAGAAGAAAGAGCACUUGCCAGCCCCCCCGGCGCCCAUGCAGAGCAUCUCCAGCGGCCUCAAGGAGACCGUGAGCCCGCAGGACAUCGUGCAGGACGCCAUCCACAACUUCUCGCCCACCUACCAGCAGUACACGCAGCAGGCCACACACGAGGCCCCGGGACCUGGCCCGGGCAGGGACCCCUCGCCCAGCACCCACCCUGGCACGGACGGUGGCUCCGGCAGGGGCAGAAAGAGCCGCAACACGGAGAAGAGGACGCUGAUCCCCACGGAGGAGCUGUAGGGGGCCCCGGGGUCAGCGGCCGCCUGGCCGCCGGGGAAGGACAGGGCCCCUCACCCAGCGACCCUCUUGCCAAAGGUCAGGCUCUCGUGGGCCCCUCCUGCCAGGCCCGUGGAGCCCACUCUGCCCGUCCCACCUCUGGCCGGUGGAGCGGGUCGCUCGGUAGCCCUGCCAGGCGCCCCGGGGCCUCACCAUCACCUGCUGGGCCCUUGGCCUCAGAAGAGGGCACCUGAGCCUACCUGACAAGCCCGGGUUCCUGCCGGGCUCACCUGGCCGUCGGCUCAGGUGGCCUCCCUGGAUGGACAGCUCCCGGGCGGGGCUGGGCAGCCCGGAGCUGCGGGCCUUGUGGGCAGGAGGCGGGGUGGCCCCUGGAGGAAGGGCUGGUGUGGCUGCUGGGAGUCUGGGAGGGGCUGGGGCCACCGGUGGAGGGCUCCGGCUUCUUGGUGAACAGCACUUAUUUAUGCGUAAACAGCCUGGGAUUUCUGGUGACUCUAGUGGCUUGUGUUCCUGCAGGGUCAGUGCUCUAACGAAUGGACCACAGUGAGGUGGACAGAUGAGACCCAUCGUGCGAAGUCUGGGUGCAGCGGGGAGGGUCCCCGUCCACUCUGGGGCCGCGGGCCACAGUAGCAGCUCAGAGCAGGCAUGCAACGAGCUCGGACUAGAGCCGAGAUGGCCUGACCCGCCGUGCGCACGGCUGUGCGGUCCGGAGCCUUGGCUUCCCCAGUUCAAGGCCCCGUGCCAGCCCCGCCCGAGGAGGGGGCUGGUGCCCGGGAGCCUGGGACCCAGGAGGCGGAACAGGACAGGGGGAGUGUGGGUGGGCCCUGGACGUCGCCGGGGGGGGGCCCCGCAUGGGGAGGGGACGGCAGCGGGUUGUGAGCCUUGGUCCGUCCGGUGUGUCUGGGGCGCUCGGUAGGGUGGGGCGGGAGCCGGGGAAAGGUGCCGGGUGGUGCGCCCGCGGGCAGGCGUGCGGAGCUGGUAGCGCUGCGGCAGGAAGGCCCGGGCGCCACCCAGCCACGACCUCCCACGCCUCCCGGCUGCAGCCUCCCAUGUCACCCAGGGAGAGAGGGAAAGGCGCUGAGGGUCUCGGACUCAGCGGGGCAGGAACCAGCCUAUGGUUUCCAGGGCAGAGUGGGGUCACCCCUGUCCCCUUGUUCCCUGGGCCUGGGGCACGGGACUCAAGGCCAGCGGCUUCUCCCGGGCCCAGCCCGGCUGCCUGAUAAGAUAGGCCAGCCUCCUCUCUGCCGCCAGCUGGGAGGCCCCCCAUCUGCCUGAGCACGCCCACUGCUGCUGGCAGGCCCAGCUCGGGCCCCCACGUCUGUCAGCUGGUUUGCGAGCGGCCACGGGGCCCCCAGAGACCCGCUGGCCCAGGAGGGAGGUUUUCUGGAGGCUGCAGGGCAGAGGCCCUGCGGUGAGCCCGGGGAGGCAGUGCUGCCCCGAGGCCCUCGUCUGGAGGGGCCCUGCUUUGGGGCCGGAGUUGCCCAAGGCUGUGGACCCAGAGGGCAUGUGGGCCAGAGACCCCGACACAGCGUGCGGUCCUGGGGUGCUCUGAGGCGGGCUUGGCGCUCUGGGAGCACCCGCCGUGUGCCAAGGACCGGGCCAGCAGUGUCCCACACACGCAGUCCUCACGACGGCCCCAGGCGGGUGGCUGAGGCCCGGGGAAGUUAAGCCACUCGCCGGAGGUCACGGAGCUGCUUGCCCGCUGGUCCCAGCCCCACGGGCCCCUCUGCCCGUGGCCAGGCUCUUCUGACAUAACAAAGUCAAGAGGUGAGGACGACACACCUGCAGGUGAGACAGAACCUCAGGGCAGGUCAGAGGGGCUGCCGGCCUCACGGGCCUGGCCCCGCUGACAGGGAAGCGUGGAUGCGCCGAGGAGGGCACCGCGGGCCACCUCUCCGUCUCCGACGAAAACCCGGCUUCCGAUUCCAGGCCGCACUGCGGGGGCCAGGGGUGGCCACGGAGGCCGGUUGUCUCACCCACAUGCUCUGGCCUCGGUGUUCUCACCUGUGAAAGGGCCCCAGCGGCCCACGCCGCAGGGUGGCGGCCCCCAGAGUGGCUGGGCGGCCUGGGGGCAGGAACCCUUUAACAACCUCCCUGGAGCCCAGCGCCAGGCGGGGUCUGUGCCUCCCCAGCCUGCACCCAGAGGCUGCUGCCAGCUCUGGUCUCAGGGACACACCCAGGGGGCUCCCGGGAGCAGCAGGCCGGGGUGCGGUCUCUCCCAGGGCUGCUGCGGGGGUCUGCUCAGCUUGGGGCAGACAGCGAGCACACCGUGCCGAGCGCGUCCGUCCCCAGACCGGAUUCCACAGAAGGGAGCUCGGGGACUGGGGGGGAAGGAGCCAGCGGAGGCCACGCGGAAGCUGGGGGUGGGGCUCAAGCCCAGCGGCUGGCGCUGAAGCACAGUCCCUUGGUUACGAGGUGCCACCCUGGUCAGCCCGGCAGAGGUGGGGCGGGAGGCCUGCCAGCGUUCAGAAACCCCGGCGAGCAGCAGUUCUCCUUGCAAGGCUGACCCUCCUUCAGAGGCCAAGGCCAAGUGCUGACCCGCCUGACCUUCCAAGGUCAGUGGGGUAAGGAGGGGGCAGCAGCCCGAGGACAGGGGGCCCGCUCCCCCGCCAGCAGGCCCAGGUUGGCCGGGCCCCCGGCUCUGGCUUUCGGGGGAGUCUGCUUACUGGCUUUGCCCCCCAGCCCCAGGCAGACCCCACCUCUCCCACCCUCUGCGAGCUCACCGCAGAGCCCCAGCCAAGAGAGCUGCCCGGGGAAGGGGGGCCGCGCCCACCGACAGGGGCUCCUCAUCAGGGCAGCAGGGGCCUCGGGAACCCCACCCACCACCCAGAAAGGGAGCCCUCUGCGCGCAGCCCUGGAGACCCACUCACAAGCAGCAUCCGACGGUGACCCCGCCCCCGGGGGGGGGGGCCCACAGCCACGGGGGCUGGGG